GCGCCGCUGCAGCGGGAAGCGGGAGUGGCGGUUGGGGCCGCCAUGUCUGUGGUUUUCGUGCCUCCGAGACUCCGGGGAAAGUAUGAGAUUAACCCGUCCACCAUCCAGCGGUUACUGGAUGAGAACAAUCAGCUGAUUCAGUGCAUUGUGGAGUAUCAGAACAAAGGGAAGGCGGCCGAGUGCACACAGUACCAGCAGAUUCUACACAGGAACCUCAUCUACUUAGCCACCAUCGCAGACUCCAGCCAGAAUGCACCAAGUCCUCAGCCCGUGGGAUUGGGUCAGGCGAUGCCCACAGGCUCCGGGGGGAGUGUAGACCCCAUGGGGAGUGGGACCCCCCCCCCUGGACCACACACUAAUCUAAUGCCUGGCACCAGUGACCUGCUGCCUCACAACCAGCUGAUGGUGGGCAAUGCCGGCUGCCAUGUCAACGUGGGAGGCUUCAGCCAAGCUGUCGCCAUAUCACAAAACCUGCAGCCUGCGGAACAGGGAGGGAAUCCAGGACAGCCACUGGGCAGCCUCACACAGCCAGCGGGGCAGCCAGGCCCAGUUCCUAGCCAGCAGCGAGGACCACAGGGAGAUUUCUUUAACGGCCAGUACAACCAGGUUCCCGCGGUGGCAGAGGGAAUGAACCGACCGCUUUAUAACGAAGGGGUGAGCUGGUAUGGAGCGCCGCAGGGCCAGUCACAGCAGAUGCCCAGUUACCAGCAGUACAGUGUACAGCAGCAGUUUGCUGGCACUCCACAGGAAUUCAGUUUGGCACAAAGCGCUCAGGGACAAUACCUGAACAUGCAGCAGCCGCAGGAAGCCGGGCAGCAGUACGUGGUGUUCAGGCCUCAGAACACAGGGCAACAGCCGCAGAUGUUCCAGUACAGCCAGGGUGGGCAGUACGGGAGCCAUCAGUAAAGCCUCGCAGCCCCAGCCAUGGCUGCUUUUGCACUGAAGACGGAUUGAAUGAAUGGACGGACGAAUUUCACACUAGUCGCUGUGGGAUGAUAUUAAAUGUUUGUCAGAAAACUGAAUUUAUAAUAGUUUGUUCGUUUUGCCAUGUCACUCCCCACAGUGACAAGGUCCAUAGACGUACCUUGGGCUAAGUGGGAGUAGUGGCCCUCACAUUCCCUCCUCACCAUGCUACAGCACUCGUCACUCCUGACAGCUAUCAGCUAACCCAGCACAUAGCUGAGCUUCAGUCUGUGUGGCAGUGCAGGGACCAUAGUUUUCCUCCUUUCUAACCUGUAAAGAGGGAAAAGGAGAGGAAGCGAUUCUCUCCCUUUAUAAAAUCUACAUUAGGCAGGUCCUGGUCUUAAACCAAUGACACCCUCCCUACCCCCAGCACAGAACUUUACCUUCAAAUCCCAACCCCCUAAAUCUGCCAAUUUCUCUCUCUUCACCUCCCAUCCACCCCCCCCCCAAACAAAUCUUCCAUCUUCAAGCAGAAACACAAAUUGGGAACCCAUUUGCCAUGUGCUUGUUUUUAAUGUUGACGGUUAAAGGUCUAUUGGAAAAGAGGACUAUUGGCCGAUAAUCCUUCAGAUAACUUGCUCAUUCACCUCCUGGUUGUUUGUGGAACCUUUUGUGUGCAAACUGGCUGCCAAAUAGUCACUACACUGGACAACAAUUCCAUGUUAAGCACUUUGAAAUGUUUUGACUUGCAAGGCUUUCAACUGCAGCAAGCUGAUCAUACCUCAGGACAACUCGACCCAUCACCUCAACUGAUGUGUCCUGGAAAGGCACGCACUGAGUGACCAGGGUUCGAAGCAGGGUGUUCGGUGACUUCACAAGUUAUUUACUGUUGUGGAAUAGAUAAUUCUAAAUAAAUACUGACUUUAGAACUCAA